GACUGGUGGAGUGGCCCUGCUUUGGUGGGUACUGCUUAGAAAGAGACUCUUUGCUUAUUUGGUUCCAUCUCCUUCCUUCCUUCCUUCCUUCCUUCCUUCUUCCUCCCUUAUCUAGCUACCAAUCUUUUGUGUUCUACUCUAUAGACUUCUUGUUUCUUGAUUAAAUUUCUAGAGAGACAAGGAUAGAUAAAAGUGCAUACACAUAGAUGGGAAACUGUCAGGCCGUGGAUGCUGCAGCACUGGUAAUACAACAUCCAAGUGGAAGGAUAGAUAGGAUGUAUUGGCCUGUGACUGCUAGUGAAGUCAUGAAGAUGAAUCCUGGUCAUUAUGUUUCUCUCAUAAUUCCGCUGCCUUUGACUGGUGGUGAGGAGAAUUCAGACGAUAAAACGGUUCGGUUCACUCGGGUAAAGCUUCUGAGGCCUAGCGAAACUCUAGUUCUUGGCAGAGCUUACAGACUGGUCACAACUCAAGAGGUUAUGAAAGUAUUGAGAGCAAAGAAGCAUGCAAGGAUGAAGAAGAACCAGGCAGAAUCCAUUGUCAAGUUGGAAGCACAACCAGAAAAGCAAGGUUCAAGCGGCGGGGCAGAAACAGGGAAGUCUGAACUGGACAACAACAACCGCCAGGUGACAAGACACGAAAAGCAAUGGCAGCGGCCAGGAUCAACAAACAUUGGCAGGUCUAAAUCAUGGCGGCCCUCUUUGCAGAGCAUUUCUGAGGCUGCAAGCUGAGGUAUCUUCUGUUCAUAGCGACGGAAUACAGUUCAAGCGAAUGAACUAAAGUGAAUUCCAAUAUCUGUACACCGUUUCACUCUUUCAGCCGUAGAUGCUCAGUAAUCAUAUCGAUGUAUAAUAGAUAGGAGAGCAAUGAGAACUUACACUGUUCGAUGACAAAUAUAUCAUAAUGAACCUGCAAAUUACUUCUCUGCUUA